AUGGCCCGCAACCGCAGCCAUGGGUUGAACGUCGCUGCCAAUCCGCUAAUCUCUGGCAUUACUGCAGCCACGACACCACCCAAUACCUGGAACACUCUGGGAGAACCGUCAGCAACAAAGCGCAAACGAGCCAGCGAUGAUACGGACAGCUCCGGCGCAACGCUAAUCAAGAUAGCCAGGACAACACAAGCUUCAGCACCGCCAGAAGACCAAACACAUAUCGAAAAGCCAACGUCAAAAGCUGAUUCAGUCUCCUUUUCGUCCAUGUCGAAUCUCAAAAAUGACUCCGAACUAUUUCCCGGAUUGAAAUACCCUCUCACUGGCACAUACAUCAGCUCAAGUUUAGCGCAUGACAAAGUAGGAGACUUGUUUGGCUCCUACAAGUUCGACCUCACAGUGACCAACAACCCAACCCGCGGCGCAUGGUGGGCAACCUUCCGUCAGUGCAAGCUGCCCAAGCCAGGCCGGCGUGUGUAUGCUGAUUUCCCAUCACCUGUUUCCGAUGGCAUCAUCCAUGUGGAGAGGGGUCCUCGGCUAGCCGUUGACUUGGAUUCACCCUUUUCUCUGUCCUGGAAGUUGCGGGAUCUACGAGACGGUACAUUCCACUCUGGUGUGGGCAUGAUCGUCUUUCGAAAGCGAGGUGAUGUGUUCGUACGGCUGUUUGAAGUACCGACGGCCAAGGGGCCAGUGGAGCUUACCGGUAUCAGAAAGGGUGGACCAGGCAUUCAGGUUGAUUUGCAACACAUGUGGGAUGGAUUCGCAGAGAAAGGGCCGCAGUAUUGA